AUGCCUAUAAAGAGUGAGCAGCCGAGCACCUGCUGCAUCCAGCAUCAGAGCAUCCAGAUUCCAACAUCCAGCAUCAGAGCAUCCAGCAUCCAGAUUCCUGUUCAACAGGGUGCAACUGAAGAAGGAGAUGAUGGAGACUCAUCUCAGGACGUUUCUAACGUCAUUGCAAGAGCAAAUGCUGGCAUACGAACGAGGCUGAUUCAUGAUGACAUUGCCCCAAAUCUGAGAAGGAACGCCGUCCCCUGCACUGCUACAGGCUGCAAAUGGCCUAAAAGGGGACGCUAUGUAACAGUGCCUUACACCAUCGCCUCCCACUACUCCACAACCGAGCGCAACUUCAUCAUCAGGACUCUGCAUUCCUUCCACCAGGCCACUUGUAUUCGCUUCCAGCCGAGGACCUCGCAUCGCGAUUACAUCUACUUCUACUCUGGAUCUGGGUGCUGGUCCUACCUGGGCCGUCAGGGAGGUAGACAGUAUGUCUCCCUGAGGAGAAACGGCUGUCUGUACACGAGCACGGUGCAGCACGAGGUUCUCCACGCUCUCGGCUUCCACCACGAGCAAGUCCGCUCUGACAGAGACAGAUAUAUCAGAAUCCUCACCCAGAACAUCCAGUCAGGAAUGCAACACAACUUCAACAAGGUGCAGACCAACAACCUGGGAACUCCCUAUGACUUCGACUCCGUCAUGCAUUACAGCAAGUACGCCUUCUCCAGAAACGGGCAACCCACCAUCGUUGCCAGGAGCAACCCGAACCUUAACUUCGGAGGAGCCAAGACAUUGAGUCCCAAUGACAUUGCCCGUGUCAACAGGCUGUACAAAUGCUGUUUUUAA